AUGACGAAACCCAGGAAAGAUGUCAAAUUCCAGCACCGGGGAAGUGGCUCGCGCACGCGAAGACCAAGCAACAGCAUGUCAGAGAUCAGCGAGAAUGAACCCAGCAGCCCCGCAAGGGCCGGAAACCACAACGGGUCGAUAGCGAAGCAAGAUGAUCCGCCGCAAUCCGACUACAACAAAAAGAAGCAGACCUUCAUUACAAGAACGAUAUGGACCUUUGCAAUGAUAGGCGUUUUCUUUGGCGCUAUCGUAGCCGGCCAUGUCUAUAUGAUCAUGAUCGUUACCGCUAUACAGAUCAUAUCUUUUAAAGAAGUCAUUGCUAUCGCCAGCGUACCUAGUCGUGCCAGGAGUCUUCGGUUCACCAAGACACUCAACUGGUACUUCCUGGCUAUAACGAUGUAUUUCCUGUACGGCGAGAGUGUCAUUUACUACUUCAAGCAUAUAAUCCUCGUUGACAAAGUCCUCCUUCCAUUUGCGGCCCAUCAUCGAUUUAUAAGCUUUAUGCUUUAUGUUACUGGGUUUGUAUUCUUCGUGAGCUCACUCCAGAAAAACAACUACAAAUUUCAGUUUCAGCAGUUUGCCUGGACCCACAUGGCUCUAUACUUGAUUGUUGUGCAAGCGCAUUUUAUCAUGAACAACAUCUUUGAAGGGCUAUUCUGGUUUAACCUACCUGUUGCCCUGGUGAUAACCAAUGAUAUCUGGGCAUAUAUCUGCGGAAUCACUUUCGGGAGAACUCAGCUCAUUGCGCUAUCUCCUAAGAAGACUGUGGAAGGAUUUGUUGGUGCAUGGUUCUUCACGAUCCUGUUUGGCUACCUGUUCACGAACUUCAUGAUUCGCUUUACAUACUUCAUUUGUCCGGUAAAUGAUCUGGGAGCAAGUUUCUUUAAUGGCUUAGACUGUAUACCAAACCCGGUCUUCCUCCCACAUACUUACCACAUCCCAUACAUGCCUGCGAAUUGGGCAAUUCCGUCCUCGUUCACAGUCGAGCCAAUUCAGUUCCAUGUGCUCGUCUUGACUACUUUCGCAUCACUCAUCGCGCCCUUCGGUGGCUUCUUCGCAUCUGGAUUGAAGCGCACAUUCAAUAUCAAGGAUUUUGGUGAUUCAAUUCCGGGUCACGGCGGCAUGACUGAUCGGAUGGACUGUCAAUUCAUCAUGGGGUUUUUCACAUUUAUGUAUUAUUCCAGCUUCGUGGCAGUCUCAAAGGCGUCUGUUGGUGGUGUUCUCGAGACUGCCAUCACAGGACUGAGCCCACAGGAGCAGAUCGAAGUCGUCAAAGGUUUAAGUAAACAUCUGAUCAAUCAAGGAGUCAUUCCUGCCAAGGUUCUAGAAUAUCUCAACGGCCAGAUGGUUCGCCGAUAA